CUUUUUUUUCUUCCCAUAAAAUAUCAUAAGCGAAAGGAAACAAAAGAACCUGGUCUUCGACUCUUCGCCAUGAAAGAAGAUUACGAGGAAAUUUUGUUUCUUUGAUUGAUGAAACUUGAGACCGUCGUAUGUCCGAGACUGAGACGUGUGAGAAAGUUUGAUGAGAAGAAGCAAGCUGUUGCCGAUGUAUUGUAUAAUUAUUCCAAGUUUGCGAUGACUUGUAUCGGAAAUCAGACCCGAGCGAGUGACGUGAGGUUGCAUUUGAUGAAGGAGAUCUCGGGGUUGUCAACUUCUCUGAAAAGAAGAGAAGCUGUUUCUCCUGAACCAGCGGGUGAAUCAUCGAGCUCCGGUACAGCCAGGCUUGAUAAAAUGGACAGUUUCAGGGCACUAUAAUUUAAGCCGGUCUAUGUCUCAUAGCAUAUAUGUUUGCCCAUUACAGGGUUAGUAUCUUGUCUCUUGAAAAAAAAAAAAAACGUUUUUUAAUUCAAUUUUACCGUUUGAUUUGUCUGUGUCGGUUGUUACGUAACGUUGUAUGCCCAAAUGUGCAACCAUUGAAACAGGAUGUUAUGCUGUUACUCUGAAAUGUUAUGCCCAUGAACUUGAA